GAUGGAUUCCAUACAUCAGUCCAUAGGAAAACGAAGAACCAACAUGGAGGGACUAAAAGAGUAACAAGAAAUUAACCAGUAUAUGACUGUAAACAGUAUGGCCGAGAGUAUCGCGUAUUGGCCCAAGGCGGUAAAAUAUCGCAAGAACUGCGUCUUCCUAGCUUCAACGAAAUCUCCCACCAGCCGUCACAUGCAAACAGCCACAUUCUAAUCUUUGAGGCGGCGAAAAUUUUUAUUUUGGCUGACCCCAAAGCUAUCAACCUGUCCUCCAACCCUCUAAUCAAUGCUUCCGCCCUUCGGUGAUAGGUGCGAUGGCGGAGGCGUCUAACCUUGUGGCUACAGUCGAAGCUACACUAGAGCAAUCUCUAGGCCUCCUCGAACGGCUCAUAAGCGCGCUCAGCAGCGACAAGGAUCUGUGCCAGCUCCUCAGGCAACACGGACGUGAAGUCUCCCGCAUCAAUCGGUUGGUGGGGCUGAUCAGCGCCGAACAGGCGCUGAAGAUAGAAGACGUUCAGAGGGCGAUCGAGGAUGUGGGCAGACACGGGAAGAAAUUGAAGGGUUAUCUACAGUCGACUAUACAGCCACUGGAACGAGGGACUCCCGAGCGCGCCGCCAGCUCGCUGUUCUCAGACCCCGGAGACAAGGCAAAUCUCCAGAACAUCAUGCAGGAUCUUGGGCAUUCCAAGGUUCGUCUGAUAUCUUACACCCUUCUAUACAACGUCGGCCUGGUCCGCAACUCGGAAGGUUUGAUAAAGGUCAAUAAGGAGGCUUUGGAGAAUCUGAAUGCUUCCAUGAGGGCAGUCGUAGGAACAAGCAACAUUCCACGUAUACAGGGCGUCAUUCAGGGCCGCGAAGUCAUGGACGAUGGGACCAUCACCCUAACUUCCGAAGACACUGCUACUCUCUCUCUCGACAGCACCGGCGAUGUGGCCACCGAUUCGGCGCUGAAAAAGGUAGAGCCUAAGGAGAGAAUCAUCCAGCGGAACAAGUCGCUUCAGAGGUCACUUAUGCUCAAUUCGCCGGUCUCCGAAGUGGAUACGUGGAGGGACAUUGACAAACUGACGAUCCAGGAUAACACCAGCGAUGGUGAAUCCAUGAUGUUCAACCACCCCAUCCCAGAGUCUCUCUUAGCGAGUAUCGUCAAGGCCCGUUCCGGGUCACCCUAGCGAACCCUCGGGCGCCACCACGAGGUGCUAUCAGACGUGCGAAUGGGCGCGGGGUGGCGGACAGACGAGCCGCUCCAACGACAUAUGCUGGUUUAUGGCGCGACUACUUGAUAAUAGGGGAUAGAUGAAUCAACACAACCAGGAUAUCGGAGUUUAUCUCUUGACGCCGAAGUGUGGGAUAUGGAUGCAUCAGAUGAUGUGUUUCGAAGCAGACUUGAUAGAGCACACCGCUAGACACUUAGCUAUAAGCGUCCUUUCGUUUAUUGAACCUGCUGGCCCUUUCCUACCCUCUCAUAUAUUACUGUCCACGACCAACCGUACAGCUAGCAAUGGUCGGCUUCGGCAGGGACCGAGAUUACGUUCGGUGAGUCGAAUCGAUAAGAUGAGGGACGCCUGAUGAACCCAACUCGCCUCCAGUGAGACGACUGAGUGUAGGACAAGUUCGACGAAUCCACCGACGAAAACCGAGUUGGCGCGUAGGUAGUUAAUCGUUAAAAAUUUCCUCAGCGACUACGGACCGGCAGGGAUAAAUGUCGAACACUAAGAAGAGCACGUCGGUAUGCGUCGGAAGAAUAUGUGAUAGUGUCUGUCUGCGCAGAGGGACAAAGUGAUGGGAGCGCCUUGGGUCAACCCGCAUUUGCGGGGGCGCAAGACUAUUAGAUUACACCCGAGCUAUAGGAUGCAUGUGUG